CCCACAUAAUAGAAACCUUGAGUUUGGGUAUGCAUUCUUUUCCUUUUUCCUUUUCUUUCUCUUUCUUUCUUUUUCUCUUAUAACUUUCUCUCUUUUUCUCUUUCUCUCUUAUCUUUCUUCUUUAUUCCAUUAUGACAAAAGAGACUCCUCCCGGGAGUAACUCUUGGAAUCCCAUUGCCCCAGAUCCAGGAACUUUCACAAAGCUGUGUUCUAAUAUCGGCGCAAAUGGAAUUCAAGUCGAACAAGUAGAUUUAUUACUUGACAGAGAAAAUCUGUAUAGCAUGAGACCUGUACAUGGGCUUAUGAUUUUAGCAAAACAUAAACCGGAACCGAUAUCCUACACCAUGAAUGAAACCACGAUCAAUAAUAGUGUAUACUUUUCAAACCAGAUUGUUCACGAUGCUUAUGCUAUGCAUGCUUUACUUAAUAUCUUGCUAAAUUGUGCUACGAUCGACGUCGGAAAGGAAUUAAAUAAUUUCAAACAAUUCACUCAUGAUUUCACACCAGCGUUAAAAGGACUUACGUUAACAAAUAGUCACGUAUUUAGACAGGCAUAUAACAACUUAUCUUCUAGCCAUCGCAUGAACCAAGAAGGCGAUAAAGAUAUUUACCAUCCAAUAUCCUAUAUCAAAUCUGGUGGCCAUUUAUGGGAACUGGAUGGAUUGAAAAGAGGUCCUACGAAACUGGGGAUAUGCGAUGAAAACAAUUGGCUGGAUAUAGUACAUGUCGAAAUGACUAAAAAAAUGGAAAUGCACAAUAAACAACGUAUACCCGCCACAGUAUGGGCAAUAAUUGAGGAUCGAAGACUUGUUUAUCAACGGAGGUUGAUAGGGAAAAAUUAUAUUAAAAGAGAAAUAGAAUGUAAGCUUGAUUAUUAUCAACCAGAAUGGCGGGCUACCAUGGAUAUAAAUCAAUGGGAGGAGGAAUAUAGAUAUGCCAUGAAUAAUGAAAGAAAUAAGCGCGGACAAAUAUUAUUUACACGGCUUGUACAAAGUUAUUGUGAGUCAUUUGAUCAGUUACCGCCAGAUGAACAAAUAGGCGUCAAGUCAAUUUUAAAAGAAUAUACCAAACAAGAAGACAUAAUGGAUGCCUGGUUACAAACACAAGAUGAUUCACUAAGAUUAUACGAAUGUCUUGGACUAGAAGAUGAGAAACAAGAGAUGUAUGAGAAAAACCACAUACGGAGACAGCAUGAUUACAUGCCUUUUAUCCAUUCAUAUAUCCAGGCACUCUUUGAAGAAGGCCACUUACAGCAUCUGGUUUCAAAUUAAAGAAUAUUCUAUUUCAAAUACAAACAUUCUCACCCACUACAAACAAAUCGUUCAUUAUUUAGGCUUUUUAUUUAUUUAUUUAUUUUUCCCACAAACAGAACAAACAACUAUGCAAACAAAAAAUCAGUCUCUUAAUACUAUACCAAUUUUUUCCAUCAUCUUUUUUACAGAAAGCACACUAAAAUAAAUAAAUAAAAGUUUAUGUCUUUUUUUUUUCGUUA